GUGCUGUUCUCCCGGUCACGAUCUUACCGGACGUCGCCAACCCAUUGAGCCGCGAUAAGCUGGCAAGUUUUGCGCCGUUUUAGUUGUGCCAUUGACGUCCGCGGUAACGUAGAUCAGAGGAUAUUGAACAUCUUCCAACAUGUCGGUUAGCCCGAAUGAAAUAGUUCACGAAGAAAAUCCGUCUCAACCGGUAGGCAAUCAGCAAGAUUCGUCGGUCGAACAGGAACCGAACAAUCCACUAUUGCAACCGAAUGUGGUACUUCAGCCAUCGCCGAUCGGAAUGAGUCCGCCGAUUACGACACAACCAAGCACGGAGAUGCAACCGGCUGGAUUAAUGACUGUGCCACAAGUCAUACCCCAUUGUCCUCCAGGUUUGGAAAACCUGUAUGGAGCUGCUGGGUUGGUCGUGCACCUUGAAACACCGCUGACGAGGAUCAGUCCCAACGAGCUUAUGAACAAGUACAACAUAAAGAACACACUCGGAAACUUAGUGUACUAUGCGGAGGAACAGGCCAAAGUUACUAUUCGACAGCUACAUGGUCCCCUCCGGGCAUUCGACAUCAAGGUUCUGGACAACUUCCACAAUGAGGUGCUACACUUCCAGCGCGAUUUUAAAUGCUGCGCAUGUUACUGCUUCCCACGUAGCUUGCAGAAGGUGGAUGUAUCAUUACAGUCCGGUGCUAUGAUCGGCACCAUCCAGCAGAAGCAGACGCUCUGGAAUGUCGAGUUUAACAUAAUGGAUCAGUAUGGCCAGACGGUGCUGACCGUCCGCAACACAACCCCGUUUGGCCGCUUUUCUUUGACUGCGGAUGUAAUAUAUUUCGUGUUUGGAAUGGAUGGCACUGAGAUCGGUAAAUUGACCAAGAAGUGUGUUGGAGAGAAAUACUUCAGCAUCACCUUCCCAACGGAUCUAGAUGUCAGAGUUAAGGCUACCUUACUGGGUUCAUUAUUUUUGCUACAUUAUUUGCAUUUUGAGAGGAAAUAUGGCAAGACGAGACCUCGCCCUUUCUGGUUGUAAACUAAAGCGUAAGUUGUUUCCAACUGAUGCUCUUCAUUCCAUGCAACAAAGAAGUUUCAGCAGUCAUUUAGUGCCAGGAGGCAGUAGCAAUUUCCAAAAAAGAAAGUGGAGAGCAAGCAUACACCGAUAAGGAGUUCACAACAACUACUACUGCACUAUUCAUCACAAAACUCAUAACAAAAGUGUCGCGACAUAAUUACCAUGUGAAUUGAAAAUAUGAGAGUAUGAAAGUAAAACUACACUGCACCCUAGGAUAGCUAUCACAGGUUCUUCUUGAGCGUUUUACACCUUUUACCACUGUUUAGCGCGAUGGCCAAAGCGUUUAGUGACACCGUCCAAAACAUUAAUACGAUCGCCGGAUUAAGAUAACGCAAGCGUCGUUUAGCGACUCCAGCCAAAGCAUUAAGAAGAUGACAGACCCUUCUAAGAUAAUGGGAGCACCCUUUGCGCGUUGACCGCACCUAUUAGACCGUUCGCCGCACCUUUUAGCGGCAGUCAUUUUUCCGAGCCUUUUGUGAGCGCUUUUGUUCAAAGAGUCGAUUGUAGAGGUGGAUGCUUCAUUUCGUGGUUUGAAUUUUCCGUUACGUAUCAAUAUUUUCGAAUAUUUUUUGUUUAGCUGGAAAGUUCUUUAAAAUGUCUUGGGAAAUUCUUUCUGAAAAUUGUAAAUGAAAAUAUUAAUUUCCAUAAAGAGCUUUAAUAUUUAUUUUCAUAAAGAUCGCCUUUUCAAAAACAUUCUUAUUUACAUUUGUACAUUGUGUUUGGUGCAUAUUUACUCCCUAAUUGCUUCCUUUCUGAUGCAUUUUGUGAUAUAUGACCACAUAUUGCACAUAUAGCCUGGGCAAUCAGAUGGAGUAAUUAACGAAGCUGCUCCUGCGAUGGCGUUCAUCAGCUCCGCUUCGUUCUGUGGAUUGGACCGUCGAGUAAUUCAGGCAAGAGGUAUAUUCAAACAUUAAAGUAUUAUUUUUGGCAAAAAGCUGUGCUCGUUUGACAGAUCAAAAACGCAUGGGGUUGCGCAAAGCUGUGACCACAGGUCAACUGGUGAUCGGUUCACGGUCUGUAUCAUUGCUUGUUGUCAAAACUGCGACUCUGCAUAAUGCGGGUGGUCCGCGUCGCUAUGGGAAGCUGCAACGCAGCAUAAUGUGGUGGUUCGCGUCGCGAUGAUCCGGAGGCCGCGUCGCGAUGAUCGACGAAUGCUGACAUGCAUAAUGCUGACUCACGAUGUAUGCACUGGCGUUGUCUUGACUUACGUGUUGGUAUAACCGCCAAUUCACUUCUACUAAGACCACUGAACGCAGCCCAAAUCAUGACGGAAUCACCUUCAAAAUUGCAGCUAGAGAAAAAUCGUGCUAACGUCUCAAAUCUCGCCAGUAAUGGAUGUAACCAUCCGGUCCAUUAGCACGUUCCGUACCGCGUCACCCAAAUAUGGGUGACAGCAGUAACUAGUUCUAAAUAGUUUUUGACCCAUAAAUAAAUG